ACCUUCGUCUUUUAACACUUCAUUUUAAAAGUAUUCAAACAAAGUGUGGCACGUGGAUUUUAUUUAAUAUUUAUAGUGUAUCUCGUAACGUUGAAAUACAAGGGUGUAAAAUGACUGCUGAAACGGACUUCGCUAUGGAAUCUAGUGACUCAGAAUACGGUGAUAACGAGCUGCAACAAGCAUUUGCAGAGGGAAAACUAAAACCAGGUUUAAAUAUCCCAGAAGAACUAAAGAAACCAAUUGUUAAUAAUGUGGUUGGGUUGGUAAAUGCAUUGAAAACAUUCAAAAAGAAAUUGCCAUGGAUAGAGAUUCUAGACUCUGUAAAUGGAUUAGCCCCAAUUGCUCCAGAGAUGGCUGCAAAACUACUUACAAAUGAACAAAAACGCGCCAAUGAGUUGCAGAAUAAUAAGAAAUUACCACAGUUCAAGCCAGAAGAAGAUCCUGUUCUAAAUGAUUUUAAAAGAGAAACUAUGUUCCACAGACAAGCUCAAGCUUGUGUAUUAGAUUGCUUCCCAAAAUUGAAGGCUAUGGGCAUGCCUUGUUUAAGACCAGAUGAUUACUUUGCACAGAUGGCAAAGACUGAUGAUCAUAUGCAAAAAAUUAGGACAAAAUUAAUGGAGCAGGAAGAGCAGCAAAAACGGAGUGAAAAGGUGAAACAAAUAAGGUUACACAAGCAACAAGGCAAGGCAAUUGCUAAUGAAACUAGAGUUAAGAGAAUUGCUGAAAAACGUGAACUUAUGAACAACUUGAAGAAAGCCAAGAAGGGCAAGGGAGCUGAUCUCAGCUUUUUGGAGAAUGGAAAGAAACCUAUGAAAACUCUUUCAAAUAGUAGGGUGAAGAGGAACGAGAAGUAUGGAAUGGGUGGCAAGAAGAAGGGAUCUAAGCGUAACACCAAGGAGAGUUCUGGUGAAUAUGGAUCAAAGAAGGGUGCACAUAAUAAAGGCAGUAAUAACAAGAGGCCAGGAAAGGGCAGAAGGAUGACGCAGAAAAGGAAAGGAAAAAAUUAAAAUGUUGAUUAUUAUUAUUAUUUUUUU